UAAAGAUAUAAGUAUUUUUUAAUUUACUGCUAAAGUUAUCAAUUAAAAAGGAAAAUAUUGGGGGAAAAUUGUGUAAGCGUUACAGAUUUAACAUUGUUUCAUGCACUUGGAAAUAAGCGGAUACGGCGCAUGAGCCGUCGAGUCAACACCGAGGAUCGAUAUUUAUGUAACAUCCUUUUAAGUUCAUCGUCCUCUGCAUUUGAACGGAAAUUCGGACAAUGCACCGUUUCUCUUCAAAUGCAAUUUUUAAGCACAAAGUAUUUUGUUUAAUUAAUACUCGUUUUUGCAUUAAUUUAAAGCGCGAACUGGGGCUAUUUUAUCGAUGCUUCUGAAAUAUUUUUGGUUUUACUGAAGCUUUAUUAGAGCUUCAUAUAUCUGCUUUAGUUUUAUCGCAUUUUCGUUCUUUAUUUCAACAUUGUUGUAUAUAAGUAUGAUCGAUUGUAAAACCGUUUUCAUAACAUGUUUAUUUUUUAUCCUCGUUUUUAAUUAUAUCUGGUGUUCGUUGUGACCUAUCAAUCUUUGCCAAGAUUUAUUCGAAAAAUAAUCAAUAAAAUAGUAGUUUUUACAUUUUUUUAUAAUUUUCUCGUUAACGUAGUCGACUUUACCAAAUAUUCACUUAUACUUCCACUUUCAAAGAUUUAUAAUCCUUGAUUGAUGUAUUACAACAUUUCGUUUUAUCAUUGAUUAGGCUGAUAUUAAGACAAUCAUAACGGUAAAGAUUAGUAUUGAUUUUUACGCAUCUUUACGCGCGCGCGCGCGCGCGCGUGUGUGUGUGUGUGUGUGUGUGUGUGGUGCGUGCGCAUGUGUGUAUAUGUGUUUGUAUAAAGUAAAUUUGGAAAUAAAAACAUCUCUAAAUUAGAAUUGAUAAUAAUGGAGCCAUUGCGUUUGUCCGGCUCCGAGUUACCUCACGCAUAAAGUGGGAGGAAUUCGAGGACAACUAUCGAUUCCAAAAGCCGCUCCGCCCCCAUUGCAGCCCUUCGCCACCCGUUGUGGGAGGAUACGCGUGCCCGUUCAGCUUUCGCUCGCGAGUUAAGCGGCUUUCCUCUGGCUGCUAACAUCUCCCGGAGCUGAGAUCUCCACUUCCCAGGAACACGUCGAAGGAUCCGUGUUUGUGUAAUUCCUGCCUUAACUCCUGCCACCUAGGCAUUUGUAGUUUCUAGGAUAACUGAAUCCUAGAUCCACGAGACUCUAAAAAUCUGCGCAGUUCGUGCUUGUGAUUUUUAUUUUGAUUUGAUUUAUUGCCUGAAUAUCAGUGAAUUAAACAUCUGCGUAGCCAAACAUCCGUACUGAUACUUUUUUUUUUUAAUAUGUGCAUUAAGAAUAUUAAUAGAUCCAUGGAAACGUAAAAUAUAUCCAAAGAUCUGUGUCUUUGUACAUGUACAUGAAGAGCUACGUUUUUACUCUAUUUUUGCAACUCGAGAAUUGUAUUUGGAAAUAUCUAAAGAGAUUUAAUUGAUUAAAUUUUUGAACCAACGGUGUUAUCGGAAAAAUUAUCAAUUUUUUAAUAAAUUUGUGAGUGGAACAUUUUAUGUUGUAUAAAACUCCAAGAUUUCGUGAACGCGAUGCUUUGAAAAAUUCUUGUUUCCGCGCAACCUCUUGCACGAUAUGGUGCUUUCAAGAAUGCCUCUUCUUCUCUAAAUAAAUCCUUAGAUUCAGGUUUCUUUUGCAUCCUUGUCUCUAAGGAUUUAUUCGUCUAACGUGUCGCGUCGUCAAAGAGUCUUCCUUCACCCUCGGAUCCGUGGUCUCUGGGAUCCGCGGAUCCAAGACAGCCGGGAUGGGGAAGGAAUGGACUGCCAGUGCGUGGUCGUCUAUACGGUGAUCUCGCCUUCGACUACUAUCGCACCCGCGCUUCGCGUUCAAAUAGAAGAUACUCUCGCACGACCAUCUACUUCUGGAUGCGUUUCCUGGAUCAGGCGCUACGUUAAAAGAGCUGUUGCCGCAUAUCUUCGCGCGUUAAAUCUCAGUCCUAAUAAUGCGGUUGUACACGGAAAUUUGGCGUGCGUUUAUUACGAGCAAGGGCUCAUCGAUCUUGCCAUCGACACGUAUCGUCGUGCUAUCGAACUACAACCGAAUUUUCCUGAUGCGUACUGCAAUCUGGCGAACGCUCUCAAAGAAAAGGGACAAGUGGUCGAAGCGGAAGAAUGUUACAAUACCGCCCUCCGGCUUUGUCCCACACACGCGGACUCUCUUAAUAACUUGGCCAACAUAAAACGCGAGCAAGGCUAUAUUGAGGAGGCAACUCGCUUGUAUCUUAAAGCACUGGAAGUAUUUCCAGAGUUUGCGGCCGCCCACAGCAAUCUCGCCUCUGUCUUGCAGCAGCAAGGUAAACUGAAUGAAGCAUUGAUGCAUUAUAAGGAGGCAAUUCGCAUACAGCCGACCUUUGCCGAUGCUUACUCGAACAUGGGAAACACACUGAAAGAAAUGCAGGAUAUACAAGGCGCUCUACAGUGCUACACUCGGGCUAUCCAAAUCAAUCCGGCCUUCGCUGACGCUCAUUCCAAUUUGGCAUCGAUCCAUAAGGAUUCCGGCAACAUUCCCGAAGCGAUUCAGUCUUACAGAACAGCGUUGAAAUUAAAGCCGGAUUUUCCAGAUGCUUAUUGUAACUUGGCACACUGUUUGCAAAUAGUAUGCGACUGGACUGAUUACGAAGCUAGAAUGAAAAAGUUGGUGUCUAUUGUUGCUGAACAACUAGACAAGAAUAGACUGCCUAGUGUGCAUCCACAUCAUUCCAUGCUUUAUCCUUUGUCUCACGAGUUUCGGAAAGCUAUUGCUGCUCGGCAUGCUAACCUUUGCAUCGAAAAAAUUCAUGUUCUUCACAAACAGCCAUACAAAUAUCCGCGUACAAUUGCCACGCGAUUGAAAAUUGGAUAUGUUUCGUCGGAUUUUGGUAAUCAUCCGACUAGUCAUUUGAUGCAAUCAAUACCUGGCUUACAUGAGCGUGAGAAAGUCGAAAUCUUUUGCUACGCACUUAGCGCGGAUGAUGGCACAACGUUUCGUGCAAAGAUAGCACGAGAAACCGAACAUUUUGUCGAUCUCUCUCAAAUUCCGUGCAAUGGCAAGGCCGCCGAUCGCAUCAACGCCGAUGGCAUCCACAUUCUAGUGAACAUGAAUGGCUAUACAAAAGGCGCUAGGAACGAGAUCUUCGCUUUGCGACCAGCUCCGAUACAAGUCAUGUGGUUGGGUUAUCCUGGUACCUCCGGCGCAAGUUUCAUGGAUUAUCUCAUCACGGACGAGGUCACUUCACCGUUAGAACUUGCUAAUCAAUACAGCGAGAAACUUGCCUACAUGCCACAUACUUAUUUUAUCGGCGAUCAUAAGCAAAUGUUUCCUCAUUUGAAAGAACGUUUAAUCUUAACGGAUAAGUUGAAUCACAAGGGCAAAGUUGCUGACAAUGUAGCGGUGAUCAAUGCCACGGAUCUCUCUCCGAUGAUUGAAAAUACUUUGGUAAAAGAAAUUCGCGAGGUAGUUGUGCCGGAUGCCAAAAAGCAACCUGUCGAGAUUUCGCUCAAAGUUGCCGAGUUACCGACUACUACUCCGAUUGAAACUAUGAUCGCUUCCGGUCAAUGUCAGAUGUCCGUGAAUGGCGUCGUUGUGCAAAACGGCAUGGCUACCACGCAGGUGAAUAAUAAAACUGCUACGGGUGAGGAGGUACCUCAAAAUAUUGUCAUCACAACCAGACAACAGUACGGCUUACCAGAAGAUGCCGUUGUUUAUUGCAACUUUAAUCAAUUGUAUAAGAUUGACCCGCUUACUCUUCAUAUGUGGGCACAUAUAUUGAAACACGUGCAAAAUUCCGUACUGUGGUUGCUACGUUUUCCGGCGGUUGGCGAACCCAAUCUCCAGGCAACUGCGCAACAAUUGGGGCUGGCGCCUGGUAGAAUCCUAUUCAGUAAUGUCGCUGCUAAAGAAGAACAUGUAAGACGAGGCCAGUUGGCCGACGUAUGUCUAGAUACACCACUCUGCAAUGGACAUACGACCAGUAUGGAUGUUUUAUGGACUGGUACACCAGUGGUUACGCUACCGGGGGAAACUCUAGCCUCUCGUGUCGCAGCUAGUCAAUUAAACACUCUUGGUUGUCCUGAAUUGGUAGCACGAACUCGGCAAGAAUAUCAAGAUAUCGCUAUUAGACUGGGUACUGAUAGAGAAUACUUGAAAGCAACAAGGGCUAAAGUUUGGAAGGCUCGGUCAGAAAGUCCACUAUUUAACUGCAAGCUGUAUGCCAUGGGCAUGGAGAUGUUGUACACAAAAAUGUGGGAGCGUUACGCGCGCGGAGAAAGUCCUGAUCAUGUUUCAGCUGUCGAGAAGAAUGAUAGUCAAAAGUCAUCGAACAUAUCUUAAGAUGUUUGUGAUGAUUACUUAUUCAGCUUCAACUUUGUGAUUAAUGAUUUCUCUUUACUGGAAGUUUUAACAUUUGCAAUCAUAGUUAAUGUACCUAUUUCCAAUACGGUCUCGUAUAAAUUUCGUAUCUUUUCUGACUGUUUUGAUAAAUUCACGGAGCUUAAGCUAGAUAUUAAUGUAUACAUUUAAGAUUUUGCACGAUGUUUGCAUUUUGUCCCUUUUUGAUUUUCUUAAUGAUUAUUUGCGCGUUUGAUUAAAAAUUAAUUAAAUCGCAUUUUGUGAGAAAUCAACAAAAUUAUUGAAAAGCGAUUUGGUCUACACAUGUGUAAGAUUUUUAAAAAAUGUUAAAGCAGUAGCAAUAGAAAGUAUUGAUAAAUAUUGUCUGUAGAGAAACAGUAUUUCCAAUUUCUUAUUUUUUUAUUUAUACAUUUCUGCAAAAUAUCUGAACUAAAUAUUAGCAGCGGAUUUAUCGAACUAUCAAAAAAGGAAAAAAUAGGUUGAUGCUCUAAGCUCUAAGAAUUUUAGGAAAUUGCAAACACUGGGUAUCUUAAAAAUUAAAUAUAAAAUACUUUAAAAAGUGACUGGUACAAGGAAUGCGGGAAUUUUUUUUGACAGUAUUUACAAAUUUGUCGCAAGUUGCACCAUAAACUGCAAUCGAGAAUCCACUGUUGUACACUUUGCUUAUGUUAUUACAAUUGUCGUGUAAAUUUGAAUAUAAAUUCACAUCCUAGCUUUCUAUAACCGACACAUUAAAACAGAAGUAUUCUGCGCAUGUGAUUUGUUAGAGACUAUAAGAAUACUUAACAAAGAUUAGAGGUAAUAAAAUUUCCCUAUACUUUAUCAUACCGUACUCUUUUCACUUUCGCAAAAGAUGUAAAGCCUGCAAACUUGCAUCUUUGAAAUUUAUAAAAAUUUGAAAGUCUGAAAAGCAAAAAACCAAAAAAGGCCGAAACAGAAGAUUUGCAAAAUCUUGUUAUUCCCAAAAUUGAAGAUGCCAAGGACUAAUAAUUGAAACAAAAAACCAUAUAAAUCUGUUCAAAUUUAUGUAUUUUUUAAUCAAGAUUUCCAAGGAUAUUAUGAGUUGCUGAAAAUCUUAGAGAUAAAAGAAUCGAUUGAAAUUGGGGGGGGGGGGGAAGGAAAAGGGAAAAUGCUAAAAAAUGGAUUUAAAAAAUUACAAAUUUUUGAAUUUUGAUAGUUGAACGUGAAGGCUGAAUAUCGAAAUAAUUUUGCCAACAAUCGGUAUCAUACAUGGUAUUGUUUUUAUAAAAUACUAAUGUUAAAUACUUGCAAAAUUUAUCGAUAUUUGAUAUGCAUGCACGCGCACAUGUGUUCAAUGUCGGUAAAAUCAAAUUUUUAAGAAUGUAAUUAUACUUAAUAUAUUGUUAAUAAAAUUGUUUCGAUAUUCAAUUCUUUGACACGUUCGACUGUUGAGAUCCUCUAAACAUCUGAAAAAGAUGUUACUUAUCGGUCACGGACAGCGUAUAACAACUGUAUUAUAUCAAAUGAUUAAUGAUACAUAAUGUUUAUGUAAAUAUUAAAAGUAAUUGUUAAUUAUUUACAUUAGUCCUAUAGGAUAUCGUGCGAUUUGUGGUACUGACGAAAUGUGUAGAGAAAUAAAAAAUAAUGAACUAUAACAAACUGAUGUAUGUAUAGAGAAUAAAAAUGAUGAAACGAUCUUUCACAGUUUGUGCGUCGGCAUUGUACAUUCUGUGAUUUAAAAUAUUUGUGUCGAUACAUCAGUAGUUCGGUAACCUAUAAUAUAUUCGAUAGAACCUUAUCUCGAAGGGCAGCAAAUACUAAGGGAUAAUUACGUUCUUAAUGUAAUAAUCGCUCAAGUAUGACUAUUAUAUUUUCAAUAUGCUCUAAAUUUAAUUAUAAUCCAUCUUUGUAUUUAAUUUAAUUUAAUAAAUAUGGGUUAUGAGAAUAUUACACGUAAUGAAGAUUGGUAAAAUCUGUCUCACGAUUGGAGUGUUGCAAAUAGCAAAGAGUGGUAUUAUCAUUGAA